AUGGCGAACACCACAAUCUGUACAGACACUUCAGAGGCAGUGGACCUCUGUGAGUCUCAGCACCUCUACUUGAAGCCGGUGGCAAAGAUCAACAUUUGUGUUCAGUUGCCUCAGUUGAAGGCAGCAGGAAAAACCAUCUCAAAUUGGGAGGUUAUGGAAAAGCUGAAACACAUGGUGAGGCCUGAAGUUUUCUUGACCUUGAAGAUUUUCAAAAGCACCAUGGAGUUCAUCCGUUUAGAAGGAGAGAUUGAGAACAAGAGCAAAAUUCACAAUAUUAUUCUGAAAUUGGAUGGAAAGACAAUAAAAUUGAGUGGGUUCACAGAAAUUCUCAAGGUCAGAGCAGCAGAAGCAAAAGUUAGCUUCCCGUCCAAGCACGACUGGGACUCAUUUUUCCGAGAUGCUAAAAAUGUGAAUGAAAUGAAACCAGGUGAAAGGCCGGACACCGUAUACUUGAAAGAUUUACCCACACGUUGGUUUAUAGCUCAGAAUCAGGACAGUGAAUCUGAAAAAGAGUUAAAGCCGAGUGAGAGUGUGGUUCGGAAAGUUUUCCAGACGUUUGGAGAGAUUCGUUGUAUAGAUAUUCCUAUGUUGGACCCGUAUAGAAAAGAGAUCUGCGCCAACUUGAAGAAGAGCACCAUCCAGACAUUCUCCUAUGGACAAGAUCUGACAUUUGAGUGCUUCAUCCAGUACAUGGACUACAUCAGCUUUGUCAAGGCUAUGGACUGUCUGCGGGGGAUGAAGCUGCUCUACAAAGGAGGGGACAAGGCCCUUACUGCAGUUAUCAAGAUUGACUUCGACAAGACAAAACAUUUGUCAGAGAAAAACAUCCGCAGACGGAGGAUAGAGAGAGAUAAGUUGGAGGCACUUGAAAGAGAGAGGUUGGAACGUGCUCGAAGAGAACGAGAAGAGGAAGAAAGAAAGAAGGAAGACGAAAGGCGCAGAAAAGAAGAAGAGGAAAGAGAAAAGGAGAGAAAACGUCAGGAGAAGCUACAGAGAAAAGAAGACAGAAGGAAAGAGCGUGAAGAGAAGAGACGGCAGAAGAAAAUGGAAAAGAAGCAGCGUGAAGAAGAGGAACGCAUCCAGUAUAAAAUUGCUCUUGAGGAGAGGCGUUUCUUAAUUGCCCAGCGCAAGCUGGAGUCGCUAAGAAUGUUGUCCGAGCUCUUUGAGAGAAUCAAGACUAUCAGAGUGAAGAAGUAUCGGGAGCUAAAGGAGAAAGAACUUGAGGAGGACCGAAAACUACAGCUUGAGGAGGAAAAGAAGCGGCAGAUAGAAGAAGAAAUUAGAAAAGCAGAGGAGAAGAAAUUAAAAAGACAAAAACUGGAACAACAGGAGCUGGAGCUAAGAGACAAAAUCAUGAAGAAUUUCAAGGCCAAGGAAGAACAGCAGCAGGAGAAGCAAAGAGAGGAGCUCAGAAAAAAGCUGGCUGGAACAGGAAAGCUAAAAAGUGCCGUCAUCAUGAACAAAGCUGGCAGUGGUGGGUCAAAGAAAAAAGGAAUACGACAAAAGAGUAAAAAAGGUGCUUUGGAGAUUGGCACCAGUGAUGAUGAAAAAGAAAGUAGUGGUGAUGUUGUAAAACCAAGAAGCAAAAGCCAGGCAAACAAAUUGAGCCAUGGGAAGACGAAGGUGCCAGUUGGGCAGAAACAAAACAUGGCAGUCAAACCAAAGUUGAAAAGACUGCACUCAGAAUCGUCAUCCUCCCAGGCAUCAUCCUCAUCUGAUGAUGAUGGGGAAGAGGAGGAUAGCGAUGAGGAAAUGGUCAACAGUGAACAUAAAGAUCUCAGCAGUGCACAGAGGGCUGGCUCAUCAUCCGUCUUGGAAAGAGUUCUCAGGGCAAACCGCAUGCGUGCAUGGAGGGAACCGGGUGACCGAUUGGAAAGUCCACCACCAGUGGAGAACCAGAGAGGUAGAGGCAGGGGGAGAGGUUUCAGUGACAGAAGAGUCGAAAGAGACAUUAGGAGUAAAGUCGGAGGUCUAGCUCGAGGCAGGUCUGGUGAUGUGGAAGACCAGAAAGAUAACAGGGACAAGAGCGGGAGCUCUGAGAGGAGUAGGAGUCGGGAGAGAAGAAGAGAUCGGUCUGAUAGUCGUGAAAGGGACUUAAACACAUUACCACCACCACCGAUGCCUCGCCGUGGAAUGUUGCCCCAACUAGGGCCAGGAAUGAUGACGCUCCCACCUCUACCACCUCGACCAAUGCUACUACCUCCUCCUUUCCCAAUGCAGUUCCGGCCCCCGUUUCAUCCUCGGGGACGGAGCCCGAGAGGCAUGCCUGUGAUGCCGAUGAGAGGCAUGCCAAGAGGAAUGCGGGGAAUGAGGAUACCCCCAGUGCCUCCUGGAUUCAGAGGUGGGCUGCAUGUUUUCAACAAGAGCUACCUGCGAAAGUAUAACCAAUUCCUGGGUAUGGCUAAUCAGAUGAGGGACAUGACAGGGAGAUAUGCACAGCCAUUACAGAUGGCCCCACCACGUGCUCCGCCACAUUUUCGUAACGAUGAUGAUGAACUUGGUGAUCGACGAAGUAGAGGUCAUAGAAGGCGUCAUCAUCGCCAUCGUAGAAGUAGAGACAGAAGUGAGAGAAGCAGAAGUAGGCACAGGAGUAGGAGCAGAAGUAAGCACAGGAGUAGAAGCAGUAGUAGGCAUCGAAGCAGUAGUAGGCAUCGAAGCAGUAGUAGGCAUAGGAGUAGGAGUUAUGAUAGCCAUAGGAGCAGCAGAAGUAGGAAAACCAGAAGUGAAAGUAGAAGCAGAAGUAGAAGUACAAGCAGACGUAAGGGUGAUAGAAGCAGAAGCAGAAGCCGAGGUCACAGCAGACACAGAGAUGAAACUCAAAGCAAGAGCAGAAGUAGAAGCAAAAGUGAAAGGAGAGACAGCAGAAGUCGGAGCACACACAGAGAUAAAAGAAGUCAAAGCAGGGACCAGAGCACACACAGGGAUCGGAGCAGAGGUGAAAAAAGCAGCAGCAGAGACAGAACCAGAAGUGAAAGCAAAGACCACAGCAAAAGCAGGAAUGACAGUGAUAAGGAAGAAAGGGAACAAAAUUAA